AUGGCGGAUUACAAAUCAAUAGAUACACCCAUGCAAGUUAAUCACAAGUUGAAGAUAGUAGAAGGUGCCACCCUAGCAGAUAAAGAAAUGUACCGGCGACUGGUUGAAAAACUAAUUUACUUAUCACACACUCGGCCUGACAUAGCUUAUGUUGUGGGAAUAGUAAGUCAGUUUAUGCAUAAGCCACAAGAAGAUCAUAUGGAAGCUGCCAUGAGGAUAGUUCGAUAUUUGAAGGGAGCUCCAGGAAGUGGAAUCAUUUUCAAAAGGAAUGGCCAUUUGAAGGUUGAGGCAUACAGCGAUGCAGAUUGGGCGGGCAACCCAAAUGAUAGAAGAUCAACAGCUGGUUACUUUACACUUGUUGGAGGCAACUUGGUAACUUGGAAAAGCAAGAAGCAGAAAGUUGUAGCUCUUUCAAGCGCAGAGGCUGAAUUUCGAGGGAUCGUUACAAGUAUCACUGAAGUAUUGUGGAUAAGAAAAUUGAUGACUGAAAUUGGGUUUCCACUACAAUUGCCAAGCUAG